CUCUAAAGCACGGAAAGAUGCCUCUUAGGUGGCAUGUUGAUAUGGCGUUGGGGUCGUCCUGCCUGCGGUCUUGGCGUUCCACAGCCAGAUGGUCUAUUUCGGUCCUUAUUUUAUCACGUUCUCCUCCUCCUCCCAGAGGAAUCCACUCCGACGAAAACAUUGCAAUCUUGACGCAGCCUUUGGACCGGAGAGGCCAAAACAGGGAGCUCGAGAGGUCCAUUCCUCCUUGGGAAGACCAUGUCUGACCGAACCGUCCCUCACGCCCACCCCAUGAGCGCAGAAUACGAGUUCGCCAACCCCAGCAAGAUUUACGACCAGAAUUUUGCAGAAGGCAUUUCUGCAGGUGACAUCCUGGCCCCCACUUUGUACCAUGGUUACUACAUUCGGCCCCGGAUUAAUAAGCAGCUAGACCGGGGCAUCUCAGAGGUCAACCUCAAUGACCACAAGUUCCAAGUCUUCCUUGAUGUCUGCCACUUCACGCCAGAUGAGGUGGCCGUCCGCACUGUGGACAAUCUCCUGGAAGUGACUGCACAGCACCCGCAGAAGGCUGACCGCCACGGCUUCGUCUCUCGCGAGUUCAGCCGCACCUACAUUCUCCCUUUGGAUGUCGACCCGCUCCUGGUGAAGGCCACUUUGAGCCAUGACGGCAUCCUGUGCAUUGAGGCCCUGCGGACGGGGAGGGAGGUGAAGGCCAAGGUCAACGAGGUGAAGAUCACACAAGAACCUCCACCGGAGAAGAGAGGGAGCGCCGAGGAGGAAAAGAAGCAGGACUAAGUCUUCUUGGUGUCCACCAAGAGCCUGGGAUUGCAUUGCCUUCUCAAUGAGAACUUGGUUCAGCUACAAUGUAGAAUCAAUGUAGUUUGACACUACUUGACCUGCCAUGGCUCGAUGGUGUUUGUAGUUUGAUAAUGCUUUCGCCUUCUCUACCAAAGUGUGCUGGUGCCUCCCCAAACCACAACGCCCAAAGCAUUGCGGUACGGUGGUCAAAAUGGUUCAAAAUUCAUUCAUUCUACAGUGUAGAUCCACCCUCAAUUUCCCACAAAAUAAAGUUUCCUUCAUCCCUGCA